AUGACUAACAUUUUCAGUACUCAGAUCUUGGCUGAGAAGCUAGCUAAACUCAACAACUCACAACAAAGCAUCGAGAGUAUCCUUUUUCCUUGAUUCCAGUUUUUUUUUUUUUCCAAUGAACAUUAUCUGUCUUUUGUCAAUAACUUGUCAUUUUUAUGCAUGCUACAGAUACGUGCCAAGAAAUUGUAGUUUUGAUUGAUGGGUUGGGCACAGCUGGCCAACGUCUAUCUUUUUAACUCUAAACCAAUUUCUAUUGUUUUGUUUUUUCUAUAUCAUAUCUUUCUAUUUAUUGCGACCCAGUAACAGGAGUAUAUAAUUGUUGUUUCUAUUUUCAUUUGAUAUUUUUUAAUGCUGAAAUACUACUUGUUCUUUCGGUUUUUUUAAGGGUCAGUGUUGUAUAACGCGUGUCUUUGUGCAAUGUAGGUCGUAAAGGUACGAAACAUGAAAGAGUCAUUAUUGUAGAAAAAUGUUAUACCAUAAAAACAAAUUAUGCUUGGAACUCCAAGUUAGCUGCGUCAAUAGAGUGUAUGGGAUAUGUAUGCCAUGCACUUUUGUCCAUAUCUAUAUUAUUGUGAUGUUAGAAGACUAAAUAACACUUAUUUCUGCCUAAUAUAAAAAUAGUAUGUGUUUUCUUGGAACGAUGUCGUACAUGUGGAUAAUUUUUAUCUCAUGCAUCUGAUCCGAAGGAAAAAAAAUGCUCUUCUGCUGUUUGAAUUGCAUCAGAGAAAUGCAAUGAUGAUCAAACUGAUCGUACUUGUAUGAAGUAGAUCAUGUGGUUCAAUGUUUUCGAGCAUUUUCCAGUAUGAACAUGUGACAUGGCCCAAGAAAUUAUUUUUAAGUACAUUUUUAUUUAAGUGGUUUUAUAUGUUUCCGAUUUACUCUUACGAUUUUGCUAAUGUGAUAUAUAUAUAUAUAUUUACAUAUGCACUCAUAGAUUUCAGCAGUCGUGGUGCAUCAUAAUUUCCAUUUAACUUAGUCGCCGAUCUUAAUUUCUGUGCUCCGAAGGAUGCAAACUUAUUUCUCUAUUAGAAGACCAAAUAGGCACAUCAAUGAACGUGCUAAUAACAAUAUAUUAGUUUAUACUGCUUAGUGAUUUAUUUUUUUUACCAUCAGAUGCUCUUUGUUCGAAGUGAAAAAUGCUGCGAAAUUAGAUGAAAGUGUUUCUAUUGUUUGACAAAGCUAGUGUCUGUUUACUUUAACUAUUGCCUAGCAUUGUCUCAUUGGUGCAUCUUUCACCGGAAGAAGGCAAGGCAUGUUGUUGAAACAUGGGAAAAACAGUUCAAUGGCUCCAAAGAACAGCGAGUCUCGUUUUUAUACUUAGCGAAUGAUAUCCUACAAAACAGCAGACGAAAAGGAAGUGAAUUUGUGAACGAAUUCUGGAAGGUCCUUCCUAGGGCUCUUAAAAAUGUUGUUGACAAUGGUGAUGAACAUGGAAAGAAUGUUGUUACCAGACUAGUAAGUUGUUCUUUUUCUUUUAUAAUGUGAUAUCCCAUCAUUCUCUCCAUAAUUAAGAUGAUUUCUUAUAAGCCUGCGUCUGUCCACUGGUAUCUAUUUUCUUCUUUAUUUGUUAUAAUUAUUUGUGGAUGAUAGAAUUGCCUUGUUAUUCUUCUUAGGGGUUGCAUUUGUUUUUGAAAGUGGGUAGUAGCAUCAAAUCAUUAAGUAAAAUAAAUGAAUGUACACAAUGCACCAUAGGCUGUUCAAAGUGUGUUGUACAUCAGGCAUGUGUUCACGAAGAUGAGACUCAUACCUGCAGGCCAGCUCUCUGAAAGUAACAGAUUCAUCCAAGUCAUUAUGACUAGGUCAUACCUGAUAUUUAAUUCUUAUCACACUCUUUAUAAAAACACCCUUAGGUUGAGAGACUUUGCUUUUAAAAGAAUACGUAUUUUUCUCUUUGUCCAAAUACCCCAUAGAGUUUAAUGAAGGAUGAGUUGUCAAAUUCUUGUCGGUUUUAUUAUUGUACCGGUAAGAAAAAUCAUCUACUGCCCUCUUGAAUAUAAUUAACCAUUAUGAAUACGACAAUUUGUUUGAAGGGACAAUCAAAGUUUGUCACUUAUUUUUCGACUGGUGUUAGGAAUAUAAUAUGUAGCAAUGUCGAUUCUCCAUGAUUAUGGGUAAAGUAAGGUUUUGUUUGGGAACUAUGGAAGUGGAUUUCCUUUACUGAUUUGUAGAUUAUACCGAUUGCAGGGUAUUUGGCCCUGUUGUUGAUUUUUUCCCAAGUUGCCCUCACUUUGCACUAUGGGUACCUGCGCCUCAAAUUGGAGCUCAGGCGCCAUUAUGAAUAAGUGGUUAGAUGGGUCAAUCCAGUUCAUUUUACUGGGAAUUGACAUUUGGGGUGACGAGGGUAGUUUUAGAGGGAGGAAUUCCAACUCCCUUUUCAAUAUUUUAAAAUUUUAUCAGUUAGAACUGAGUGACUGCAAUACGGAAGUAGGGAUGAUUUUCUUGGUAUCCUCUCCCGAUCGUAUUUAUAACAUCUAGUUUCUGGCAGCGGUUUUCUGAGAAACAUUAAAAUAAACGAAGCGGAAGAAUAGGAAACAUUUUACUGAAGCCUCUGACCAGUGUCAGUUGCUGCUGUUGAAGGCUACGAACUACCCGUUGCUGGCCUUUUUCUCUGGCAGGUCCUUUUUACUAUACCCCUUAAUUAUGUUUGUGAGAGCGCAGAUGACGAGGAUGGCCAAUGAGGUUCAUUGAGUUAAAUAACUAUUUGGCAGCUCCUAUGUUAAAUUAUACUUUGUUUGUAGCUUUUAGAUAGUAAACAUAUUCUAUACACUUAAAAUUGUACAUAUGUUAUUUAUUUUCUAAAAUCAAGCGUUUACUUUGAAAUUGCCUUUUUUUCUUAGGCAGUAACUUCCUUGGAGAUGAUUAUCGUAGGUUAUGAUGUUAAAGAUCCAUAUGCCGUGUAGUGUCAUGUUGUUGAUUGUUCUCAUUUAGUCGAUGUGUAUGUAUGAAGCCAUCGACACUUUUUGUCAUUACGUGCUUUAUGUUUGUCUAACAAAUACGCAUGUUUGGCAAAACUCUCCUUCGAAUCAUGGUUCAAGUAGUUUACAAGUUGCCUGGAUAUCUAAAAUGGCGUGUUAUGGUCUACUUGGUUUUACAAGGUAAAGGGCCCCCUUGUUUUGAAGGUCUAGUGGAAAAGGACAUGAGCAGUAGCUAUCUUGUCUGUGCCCCAGUUGCGUUUGACGCAUUAGUCAAUAUGGAAGCUCUUUACAUGGGAACGAAAAUCUCAGCCUAAACCUAUGGGCGUUGUUAAUGAAACUUCAGUAGGAAUCAUGUAACUAGAGAGAAGAUAAUUGUUUGAUUGAUAAAUCCUUGUAAAUGAAGUUUCAUGAAGUAAAACAAUCACUGGCAUGAGAAUGUCAGUGGUUCAGUUAAACUCAAACCUAUCUCACUCUCUUCAUACUCCUUUUAGUAUUCUUCCAAGUUAAGGUAACCUACAAGUUAGCUACCCAAGAGUGCGAACCAGACUUUCCAGACUCAAGCCUUGCUCAAUAAUAGGUUAAUUCUGAUAUCAAAAGAGAAGAGAGAACCGGAAUGUAACAACUUACAACAUUGUAAACUAAGUCUAGAGAAAAAAGUAAAGUGCAUAGUAAGCCCGAAGUCUAGAUCUUUACUUCGUGCGUGAGAAGAUAUUUGAAUUCUCAGGGCAAUAGCCUGCUGUCGCCUUCUCGUAAAUGACUUCAUAUGGAACCUCAUUCAAUAACCACAACUGAUUAACCGGCAUGGUCUUGUGAUUUUAUUAUAUUUAUUUUGUGUCUGUGGAGCUUGACAUCAUCUCGAUGCUACUAGUGACCUUCUUCAAUCCUUGUUGGAUCAGGAGUUGAUGUAUCUUGACUUUUUUAUCCUACUUCUCAAUCAUCAAUUUGUCAGCUGUGUGAUUUUCACUAAUUAAUAGCUAAUAGCUCAAUAUCAAGCUCUUGGGAUCUCUCAACUCUCGGGGUAGAAAGUAUUCUGCUUGUGUCCUGUUUUCUGGCAGCUUUUUUAUCUGUAACUGCUUAUGAUGGAUUGUUGGAUAGUUUGUGCCUGUAACAAAGACUCAUGUACGAACAUUGGCCUCGUUAUGGAAUUCGAAGCAUGCUACACACAUGAUUACCCCGACAAAAAGUUUUACUUCAAUACUUGGGAUGUUCUCAAUGUUCUUGUUCAUUCUACGGAUAUUCGAUUCUCUAUCUCGAGUUUCCUUUUCCUUCUCCAACUUCUUAUCUUUGCAAUUUUUUAUUUGCUUCUCUCUUUCUUUUUGCAUAAACAUGCCAAAGAAUGUAGAGAAUUCUCAGUUCUUGAACUUAAAUAUUUUUUAUAUUUUGUGAAUUAGUUUCAUAAUCUCUGUUUUCAUUUCAGCCUUGAGAUUUAUUUGAUGAACCUGGUAAUUUGCUUCAUUUUGUUGAAGCUUUUGGGUUUGCAAUUGGCUUAUAUCAGGCUAUAUCUUAAUUUGAGUUUUGUCCAGGUUGAUAUAUGGGACGAAAGGAAAGUAUUUGGAUCUCGUAGCAAGAGCCUAAAAGAUGAAAUGAUGGCAAAAGAGGUCCCUUCAUUGGAGAUUAAUGGGACGAAUUCAAAUUCGAUCAAAAUAGUGAAGAAAGAUGCUCAGACGUUACGAAUAGUGAGAAUUAUGUUCAGAUUUGUAUCUUAUAGUCUAGACACUGCUAAAAAUUUCCCUCUGUUGAUUCUGUCUCAGACGUUGGAUUUAUUCUUAAUAGGGAUUUCUUUUCUUUGAACCAGAAACUGGCUGUUGGAGGCAUGCCCGAAAAAGUUGUCACUGCGUUUCAAGCAGUACAUGAUGAACAUAUCAAUGAAGAUGUUGCCGUACACAGAUUCCAAGCUGCCAUUCAGCAGGUGGUAAAGAUGGAAAAGGACGCUGUUGAGACAUACAGCCAGGGUAAGACUGAUUGUGUAUAAUUUUCUGUCAAGUGGCUCUAAAUUGCCCUUAAUUUGUGUGAAUUAACUAAUUUUAGUCCCAUAAUUUCAGCGCAAUUGCUUUACACAAAUGUGUGCUUGUGCAUCUCUUUAAUUCAUAUAUAUAUAUAUAUAUAUAUAUAUAUAUAUAUAUAUAUAUGAAUUUAUUAGCAUGCGGUUUUUUAUGUAUGCUCCGUAGAAUAGGGCAAGGGAGUAGUUUUCUGGUUAUUAUCUCUCUUCUCAACACUCUCAAAGUGAUAGUUUGUUCGGGGUUUUUUGGGGGCUGGUUAGGGUAUAACUGAAAGGAACACAAUGGUGUGUGGUGACUAUUCUUGACUCCAGAAGGGUUCAAUGAACUUAUUAUUGUGAAUUGUUCUUCAGCUGGGGUGAACUUAUUAUUUCAUAACCAGAGAGCGAUUAAGACAUUUCGGGACAGUGAAGGAUUGCUGUUAGAAUCCUGUAGCGAAUUGGAAGAAUGAUGCAAUUAGGAACUUUUAUGCAUAACUUGUUAUUUUCAGAUAUCUUUGUUAUUUGCAAACAAUUCUCAGUUGCCAGUGACUUCAGUUAUUUGUCGUCACUAUAUGUUGAUUGUCGAAAUUUGUUUCAAUGGGUAGAAAAUUUUCAUGAUAAAUGAAUGAUGGGUCUUUGAAACGUAAAUCGAGACAGUCUCGUCCAAUUCGCCAUAUGUACGAAUCGUAAUAGCACUAAAUUGUUCAUGUAAAUCUACUGUUGUCCCUUAGUAACGAGUCUUGGAUUUAUGUGAUUGUGACUUCCCCAUAGGUAACCAGGAGACAACAUCCUUGGUAAAUGGUCUUCAGGAGCAAGAAGACAUUUUGAGUCAGUGUAUUGAACAACUUGAAAGUGUUGAAGCUUCUAGAGAAGCCUUGGUAUUUCAGCUAAAAGAAGCACUGCAAGACCAGGUCUUCCAUUAGACUUGCGUGGUUCAGUUGAAUCUUCUUUAUUAAACGAAAUAUGCUCAAUUGACUUGUUACAAUACUAGUUUUGUAUUAUGUUAAUUUGCAUAUUUAUUUAUGUAUGUUCAUUGUGGUCAUAAUUCAGGAGUCAAAAUUGGAGCUUGUGCGCAGCCAGUUAAAGGUUAGAUUUGGGAUCUUCAACUUGAAGAUUUAUUUUUUUAAAACGAAUAUAUUUUCUUCGUAGAUUCAUUAUAGUUAGAUCAUAAUAAGUUUAUUUUAGUUUUUAUGACAUUCUUUUGACAAUUGGGAGAUCUUAGGCUUUUAAAUGAAUCUAAAUUCUGGUUCAUCUCAAACAGCUGCAUACUUUUACUGGUAAUUUACUUGUGCUGUAGGGUAUGUUCUCUUUUUUUUUUCCCUAAGCUGCAGAAGGAACAUAUCGAGGAUCACAUCUCCUGUUCUCUGUUAAGAUAGCGAAUCUGGUGAUUGAGAAAGUCAGAUAAUGAAAUUACUUGAUUGCAUUUGAUCUUUCAUACUUUAUAACAUUUGGGUUUUUUCUUUUUUCCAUAUUGUGUGUCUUGGGUUUCUUUGGAUAUCCUCUUUGACCUACAGUACCUGCCUCAAAAUUUCAUUGUUUUUAUUUCACUCAAGAUAUUUCGAAAAUUUCAUUGUUUUUAUUUCACCCCGGAAAGAAUGUUGUCGUUCGUCGUCUAAUAAAUGGAGAUUAAGAAAUACAAUCAAGAAGGGGACAUGAUACAUCAUUCUGAGACAUUCUAUCCGGGGUUGUUUUCUGAGAAUGGAUGGAGACCACAUCUAGCACCGAAUCACUUACCCAAACUAUUUAGGCCCAAAGCACUCUCACUUCCUAAAUGUUUGACGAGGAGUUGAAGGCGGCGAUUUUUUUAGUCGGUUGAAGAUAGGGAUCCUGGUACGGCUGAUUUUCCCUUGGUUUUUCCUUCGAGAUCCCUGGGAAAUUGUCAAACAUGGGUUAAUCUAAGGCAGUUGAUGUGUUUCAAGCAGGGGCAGCUAACUUCUUUGUUGGGGGGGUUGGGGUUCAACAAGACUUUUUUGGUGCUGAUUCCCAAGAAGAAGCCGAGCUGAUAGACUUUAAGGACAUUAGACCCACGAGCCUUCUCAAUGGAGAAGUUGCUCAAAGUUGCUGGUAUUAAGUGACAUUGAUUAGAAAGUUGUUUCACUUAAUUUAGACAGGUUCAGUAGAAUUUUCUUACAUAGAUCAGCUUGGACUACAAAUCGAUCAGAUGGAUCCGAUCGUGCAUUACUCUGUCCAGGCUUCUUGUUAGGAUUAAUGGCGAAGGCCUAUGUUCCUCCCUGCUAUUUAUCUUUCUUGUUGAGGCUCGCAGCCUCAUGCAGCGAAGGGCUGAAGCCCUAGCAUGGUUCAGAGGCUUUCAGGCUCUUCAACACGGGUCUGUAUUCUCCAGGGAUCUUUUCUCCUUGUUGCCAUGGAUGUCAACAGAUGAUGGUCUUUUUACUGUCAGCACCAUAGAAAUCUGUCGUUGGGUCUCCAUCCUCUUGUGCCUUCUAAUAUCUCCAAUAUAUAUGGAGAGAGAUUCUUCAGGCUGGAGUCCCUGCAACUCUGAGAAGGGAGACAUCUAUUUGCAGGCUCUUCCAUUAUGGCCGAUGAUCCUUACACGGUGCAAGCUGGGGCUUCUGACCCUGAUUCAGCCGGAGCGUGUUGGGAUCCGUGAUUUUCAUGGAAUCCACAUGAUGGGAUUUCAUUUUAUUUUCUGAGCUAAUUAUUCCCUUUUUUUUUGUAAAAUAUUUUUCUCCUUUUUCUAUAGCAGUACUCAUGUGACAGUAUGUAUUUUAAAUGUAUAUAUUUACUCAUGAGAAUAUCAUCUUCAGAAUUUUUCGUUUGAAAUAUUGGUUUUAUUUGAUCCAGUGAGGAAGAUUUUUGGCUGCAUUCAAGUGUUUUUACUUUUCACAGGUCACUCGAUCGGAGAGGGAACGAGCCAUCAACUUGAAGCAGAGAUUAUCAGGACCUACCAUGGUGGUUCCUGGUUCAGGCUCAAAGCUACCCACAGCGUCCAGCGCCGGCUCCACCCUCACAGCAACAGCGGCAGAAGCAGCAGCAGCUGCUGCUGCUGCUUUGGAACCUGUCAUGCCUGUGAAUCCACCUCAGCUGCAGCCCGUCACCUCCUUUGCAGCUUUCCUGACCACCGCCGAGGUGCAGCACAAGAAGGCGGCCGCCGAGGUCGCUGCCAAGCUCACCGCCUCUACGUCCUCUGCUCAGAUGCUUACCUCCGUCUUAUCCUCCCUCGUGGCGGAGGAAGCUGCCUCCAUGAACGGCCUCAACAAGCCUGGGGGCUACACUGCCGGCGGCGGUGGUGGCUCUGCUGGCUUCCCGCUGGAGAAACGCCCAAAGCUCGAGAAGCCGAUGACUGUCUCUGAGAUGGGGAAUAUUUUCUUCAGCCAAUUACAGCAGCAGCAGCAGCAGCCGGUGGUGUCUAUCCCUCUCGCGCCGCCACAAGCAUCGGGCGGCGCCAACGUUCAGCCAAUCUCACAGAAGUACCAGCACCAGCCGCCACUGCCUCCACCACCGCCGCCUCUCACUCCGCCGCCACAGGUGCAGCAGCAGUACGCCCAGUCCAGCAGCGCCAUGGUCGGCGCUCUGCCAUACGGGUAUGGCACCAGUCCCCUGCCGCCACUGCCUCAUCUUCCUUCUAAUAUCCCAAUGAACAUGGCGAGACCCAGCGCACCGCAGCCGCCGCCGCCGCCGCCGCCACCACCGCCGCAGCAGCAGCAACAUGAGCAACCGGUGUUCUAUCAGGCACCGGGGAUUGGUUUCUAUGGCCAGCCUUCGGCAGCACCGGUCCCCAGGCAGUGA